AAGUGAGUUCUGACCCACGAUACGUGACACGUUUUCCUCCAAUCGGAAAACGUAUUUGAGUUGGGAAGUAUAUUACACUCGUAAUCAACAAGACGGGUUUCGCUUUGAUGUUCAUCGCCUCAAAACAGAAAGUUAAGGCUGAAAGACCUUAAAAUAGAAAUGGGUGCCGAGCAUUCUAUUCCUCUCCAGCAUAGACGGAUGGAGGCAGCUUUAUUUGAGCGUUCUAUUCUGGACGAACUCCUUGAAAUAACUGAGGAGUCCAGCGUCUCAUCUGAACAGAUUGAGCAUGCGUGGGAUCCCGAGGAUUGUUCGCCUAUGUUUAAAGUCUUGAGCGACAGAUUGACUGCCAGAAGACUUCCUUCACCUUUUACUACAGACGGCAUAAGAGGAAAGAAAGGAUACAGACAAGGCCGACAUGUGUGGGAGAUAACCUGGGAACGAGACGAGCGCGGUUUCCACGCAGUCAUUGGAAUCACCCUUCCCCAGGCCCCGCUCCAGUCGCUCGGUUACAUUUCACUGAUAGGAUCUAAUUCAGAGUCGUGGGGCUGGAAUCUGAGCAAGAAGGUGUCCUUUCAUUCUGGGGAAGAGUCCCCGUACCCAGCAAAUAAUCCUGGAUUCUUCGUUCCAGAUACCGUGUAUUGUAUACUGGACAUGGACAAUCGUACUCUUAGCUUUGCCACAGAAGACACUCACCUCGGAGUGGCGUUUCGUAAUUUGCCCCGUCAUCCUCUGGAGCCUUUGUGCCCAUGCGCUAGUGCGGUGUAUGGGAAUUGUGACAUUAAAAUGAAGUAUCUGGGACGAGGAGACAACUUUCUAGCCAAGUUACAAGCAGCAAACGAGAAAGUACCGUCAUCGCCGUCAUCUCCCACAGUCGAGACCCCACCACAAUCAGUUGGACUCCGAUCGCCGCCCCAGGCCCCAAAUGCCUCUAGCGGCCCAGUAAAUGCCUCGGAAUGUUACACGUUUCAUCACAGUUGUGGGGAAAACAUAACAGUGAUGCUUGACGGGAAGAAAGCAAAGAGAAUCGACGCUCUACAGCAUUUCAAUCACGGGGUGCUUUUAACAAGCCAGCCUCUGCAAGUUGAUGAGCUAUUUGAAGUUCGUUUGGAUAGCAAAGUAUCAAAGUGGUAUGGCAGUCUAGAUAUUGGAGCCACGACUGUUUCUCCAGAAAACGUGGAGCUCCCUUCGACAAUAACCUCCAUGGCACAAGGAACGACUUUUGUACUCAGUAGUGAUAAAAUCGUUCACAAUGGGGAAGAGAUGACAACAAUAUCAAAAGACCUGGACAGUUUGUCGGUUGGUGACCGAGUAGGAGUAAUGCGCAUGUCAGAUAAUUCUCUGCAUUUUUUCAUCAAUGGCGUAGAUGUUGGCAAAAAGAUAAAAACCAUCCCGUCAGUACUUUAUGGCGUCGUGGAUGUAUUUGGCCAGGCUGAAGAAGUAACUAUAACUGGUGGCACAGCGGAAACUCAGAGCAGUAAUAAGGAGAAAGUCGAUUCUGUGUCAGUUAUGGUGCGCAUGAACAACACCAUAAGCAUUCUGAAAGAAGGCUCCUUCGGCGAUAUGCUGUCCAUAACAGGAAAAGUCGCCAAAGAUAUUCUAGAGCCUUUGAUGGAGAUAGAUGACAGAAAACUGCAACAAAAGUACGGUGACCACUUAUCCGAGAUUGGUGCUCCACAUCACCUGACCAAGCUUCUUCUUCGUCUGAUGGAUGUCGGAAUGGAGACUCGAGAUGGCUGGGUGGGGAUGUACGUGGUUCGCAGAGUGUUCUGGAACUACUCGUUUGUAAGUUUAAAAAUGGCCAGGGGUUUGGCACGAAGUGGGGCGCUGAUGAUUAUGUUGAACGAUCUGGACACGUGUGGCACAAGCAGUUCUCAAAACGAGAGAACAAAAUACCUUGUGUCUUCUGCUAUCAACACACUUCACAACUGCUCUAAAGCUUCGGAAAACCGUCCAAUUCUCUGUGACCUGCGAGCAAAGGAAAGGAUUGCUCCAUUUCUCAAAGCUGAUGACUUGAAAAUUGUUGUACCAGCUAUAUUAACACUUGCCUACAUCACUUCAGAGGAGGAGAAAAAGCUGUUGGAAGCCGAGAGUAGAGUAAUAAGCUACCUUAUUGGCAUGUUGCGCAGUACACUGGGUCGGUCAAACCUAGAAUUCAGUUCAGAGGGUGCCACAUGGUCGUGUCAUGAAAUCGCAGACGGCUUGAGUAACUUGGUAGUCAACGAGAAGAACAUGGAGGCUAUGUUGGAUAGAGAUGCACUUCCACUUUUCAUAUCACUCAUCGUUAAAGGCGGUGCAACUGAAAAAGAAUGCGCUGCCAACGCGCUGUGGAUUAUUGCAAAGACCUCUAAGGGAAAGGCAAAGAUCAAAGAAACUGCGAACGCAAUGGAAGAGCUGACUCGUUUAAGCAAAAGUGGUAACCAGGCAAUUCAAGAGGCAGCGAAACGAGUUCUCCUCGAGCUUAAAGAAACCAGAACUACCCGAGGUACAGAUCCGUUUUAUUAAUGAUGUUGGCAUGCUCGAGUAUAUAGAUUUGCUAUGAAUAAAUUGUUAUUUUUACAACAACCUCUUUUGGUGAGUAGUUGUCCUCAAUUUUCACUUUUUCAGACAGUCUUUGUACCUAAACAGGUCAUCAC